GUCCCUGACUGUGAGCGUCACGGCCGGGACGACGAGGCAGCGGGCCAGCCGUGCCCCAGCCGGAGGGAAGCAGUAACCUCGGCUGGAGGGAUGCUCGGAACUCAGCACCUCGUCCGGCCGCGUGGCUUGUUUCUGUUAAGCUCUGACCUCUUUCCCGAAAAAGCGAUGAGCUAUGAUCAUGCACACCUCCUUGGCAACUUGCUGGAACUGACAACAGCAUUGUGUGCAUUUCUUCGUCCACUCAUGGCAGUAGAGAACAGUGACAGGAAGGAUAAGAGGAAAGAUAAUCUAUGAAUUCCCUACAAAGAUGGAAGAAAAAAAAUUAAGGAGAAUAAUUUGGAAGAUGUGAAAUGGCAGCUACUGAGCAAUUUCUUUAUGGCUAGACUGGAUAACUGCUUUAAUUAGAGCCUGCCUGACGUUUAUGUACUUGAGGAAAUGGUUUACCUGUGUAACUGAGAACAUGACCGAAGGAAGCGUUUCCUGCUGCUGAAGUCUUUCAAAUCGGGUCAUCUCCACAGGAGCAGCCCUGCCCAGCACUCAGCACAUGGCGGAGAAGCUCUGUUGUGAUACAGGGAAUGGAGCAGCUGGCAGGCAGAAGGAAGCUGAGGAACAGCUUGUGCGUGGCCUUCAGCUAUCAAGGGUUUUACGCGUAAUUCAAGCCCAUCACUUUGCUCUGGAGUUAAUUUCAAGAUCCAGUGACACACCUCUGUAAUCUUCAACUCAGACUGAUGACAGAAAUUCCAGAUGACUGCUGCUCCAGUUCUCUUAAGCUAUGAGGAAGAUGAAAGGAAGAAAGAGGGGAUGUUUCUUACCUUUAACCUUUAUCCUGCUGUUUGUCUGUAUCGCUGGGCAUGCAGCUGAUGACUCUGAGGAUGGGGAAGAAGAGGAUGUUCUGGGUGUUCCUUUACCACCACUGAAACUGGGGCAUUCAGACUGUGCCCUGAAAGCAGAUGAAGGUCCUUGCAAAGCAAUCCACGUGCGCUUUUAUUUCAACAUUCAAAGCCGUGAGUGUGAAAUAUUUGAAUAUGGUGGAUGCCACGGCAAUGCAAACAACUUUCUAACUUUGGAAGAAUGUCAGAACAAAUGUGUGGUAACAGAAUUGCCUCUGGAGGUGAUGCUAGCAAAAAUUAAGAGAGAAAAGCCCAACUUCUGUUAUCAAGAGAAAGACCCUGGAAUCUGCCGAGGCUUUUUUUCCAGGUAUUUCUAUAACAAAGAGACAAAAAUAUGUGAAAUAUUCAAGUAUGGUGGGUGCCUUGGAAACCAGAACAACUUUAGGAGUUUGGAAGAAUGCCAGACUACCUGCCAAGGCAACUCAAACUUACUGUCAGUUGUUCCAGAUGAGGAGCAUCCUGACCUUGUGAACAAUAGCUCCCCAGAGGAAGAACGCAAUCAGUUUCCUGGGAUUUUUGUAAAUUUGUUGCCAACUACACCAAAUGAGGAAGAGUCCCAUAUUGUGAACAGUAGUUACCAAGAGGAAGAGCGCAAGCGGUUUCCCAGUUCUUUUGUUAUGCAAGAGGAAACAAGAAACAAUUGGGAAAAGACUGAGCAUUCUUACCAAGUAUUUCUGUUUGUUCUUUUAUUGCAUUUACUCUUACUUGUACUUUUGGGGGUUGAAUGAUGGUUUACAGAUUGAUCAAUGCUUUUGUGUAUUAUACAUUCUGUAAGAUAAUGAGCAUGUGGAAUAACAUUUCUGUGCUCUUUGAUAGAAUCAUGUUUAACAAAGUUUGAAUGUAUGUUAUAUUCUAUUUUUUUUUUUUUGCUUGUACUGUGAUAAUGUACAGUUGGUUUGAGGUAAGUUUCUGAAAUAGCUGAAUUUUUUAUCACAUACAGAACAUUGAUGCACUCUGUUAUUAAAAUGACUGAAUAUAAAACAAUAAGCCUCUUGGCAGCUGAUUUUAUUGAAAAAUUUUUGCAUAAUUUAAGACCUGGGAAUAAAUCUACUGAUACAAGAUUGUACCUGCUCUCAGAUUUUUACUCAUAAUAUGAACCUCCAGAUCCACAAAGCAACUAACCUAUAAAAGCAAAGAGGCAUUAUUCACUGUGUUUUCUCUGAGAAAACUGGAGGGAAAAAAUGAAAAUGUUCUUGGUUAUAUCAGCAAUGGUGAAUUUCGAGGUAAAGCAAAUUUGGGGAGGGUAAGAGACUGGAAGGUUAGUGCAAGAAAGGCUGCAGUACAAGGGUAGAUGGAGUCAGUGUAGCUGGGAAACAUGAAAUUAGAAGGAUUGAUGAAAUUCAAUGGAAAAUAUGAAGACCUUACUUUCUUCUCUCCUUCAUAAUCUUUGUCUUGCACUGGGCAGCAUCUGAAGCUGCAAAAGAGAGCUGUUUCAUAUAAAUAUGCACUUUCAAUAGCCCUCUGUGAGGGAUGAGAAUAUAGUUGUAAGCAUAAAAGGUUCAGAUGGGCUCCUUGAGAUGGAGUGUCUGAUUCUUGUCUUCUCAAGUACAGAUGAAGUAUCUGAUCGGCUACCAAAACAUGUUUUGUGUGUCUGUUGGUCUGGCUAUGUGUUUUCUUUUUUUUUUUGACAUACUUGACCACCAUUAAAAAAUAAUUCCAAGGACUUGUCAAUUUGAGAACACCUCACCAUACAAUUGAAAUGCUUUUUCUGUUGAUUUCAAGAAAAAAUAUGUAUUAUUUUUAGAUAAUAGAUUUAGAUUAAUUUGAUAUCAUAAUAUCCAGUAAUAUAUUUCCAGCAAAAUUCUUCAUCUUCAGAAGAUUAAGUUCUUCCAAGGCCAAAAGAAACUGGUGUUUUGGCAUGUAAACAUAAGACUAGUGCUCUCUCCCACCAAUUGGCUUUCUUGCAGAGAGUCAAUAUAUUUCUGAUAUCAUCUAAAACAGAUUCUAGGGAUUUGAAAGUGAAGACAAGAAUCAAGACUCUUAUUUCUAGAUCAAGUGAAGUGACCUAUGGAAAUCAAGGGUGCUGUAUAUUAUGUUCAGCUUGUGAAAUCUAAGUGGGUUGUAAGAUCAAAUGUCAGCUUUCCACUCAGUAAGUAUGGAAUGGCAAAAAGAAGCAGCUCCUGUUAUUAUUUUUUAAAGUCAGGACCAUAUCUUUUGCUGAUAGAAAUUGACACAGCUCUGUUUGCUUUGAUGGAUCUGCACCAAUUUAUGCCUAGAGAAUACUGUUAAGUGGAGAUGACUCAUUAUUGUUUGUAGCAGUUUCUGUACUUGAAGAGUGUUUUUUUAUCCCCCUGCUGUAACUGGAAUGAGAAUCUGAAGUCUGAAGUUUCAUGUAUGCCACAAUACUGUGUUUAGUGAAAGAGCAUAGAGUAAGUCUUAUUUUCAUCUAGCUCAUGAAGAUCAUUUCAAAUGUCUUUCAUAUUAUAAUUAAUUAACAGUUCAUUGUCACACAUUUCAAUGCCAGCUAAGCCUGAGAUAAAGCACUUUUUGUUGCAAAUUUGAGAUUUUUUUUUAUAAAUAUGAAUCUAUAUCUAAAUGUAAAUAUUUCAUAAAUUCCUAAGUAUCUCUUGUUUACAUCAGAGGGAGGCUGUCUGGGAUUCAAGAAAAGGCAUUAUUUUAAGAAUUGUAUUUUAAACUGUGAGCUUUAAAACAUUUCUGGGUAGCAACUUGUAGGAACCUAUUGGAUGUCAUUUCCCUAUAUGAAUUCUAAAUUAUUUUUUGCCAUGCCCGUUCAUGACCUGACAUUUAUCACAUAUUUUUUGCAAAUAAUAUGCAUAGCUAAUCCAAGGUUAUGAGCUUGGUACUGGAUAUUUAAAACCUAUUUAAAUGAGAUAUUUUGGAUAAAUGGAACAGGAUGAGCACAGGCAUGAAGACAGUCUUAUGGCCUUGUUGAUGUCAGUGCAACUAUUGGUUUGAUUUUAUAUAAAAUGAAUCAAAUGCCAUAGGAUCAGCCACGUGACCCCAUAUGUAAUGAAGUUAGAAAGCGUUUCCUGACAUUUGUUAAUUUGUGGUUUUGUCUGAUCCAAAAGAUGUUGAUGUGUUGCUAUGUGAAAUGUAAUGAAUAAUGCUGAAGGCGGUGUAAAAUGGUAUCGGUAAAGCACAAUCCAAAUUGAGAUCAUUUAAAAACACAAAACAAAACAAAACACUUCUAUCUGGACUAAUCUCGCAAUGAAGUUGGCAUCUAUAAUUAACUUACACAAAUUUAAUGAUUACAUUAGGGGAAAAUAAUUCUGGUAGUGGAAUAUGUGUUGGCAGUUUUUGUUUUCACUGUUUUUAAUGUAUAUCCCUUAGUCUGCAAUUUUGUCGUUUGUAGGAUUUGCUCUUUUUUUUUUCCUUCAUAGUAAAGCUUGGAGUUAAAAAAAAAAACAUUCCAACAAUUUUGCUGUAUAACAAAAUUAGGAGGUUUUCUUCAUGAGUUGAUUGCUUCUGCCAGUGUGAAGAAUAUGCAGUUAUUUUGCAGAUGAGCAGAAAUAAUGUUAUAGCACCUUGGGCAUUCUUCUGGUGAUCUAGACAAUAAUGUCAUUUUUUAGGAACAGUACAAAUUUAGAUACAAAAUACAAUACGUAAUCUUUAGAAACAGGAAGUCUGAAAAGCAUUUGGAUGCCACUCUGCCAGUCGCUUUAUACAUACUAUAAACAGUCCUUACUUACCGGUUACCAAAGCUCCAAAACUUCAGUUGUUGACAAUACCUGCAUGAGGGGACUUGGGAAUCUCUCUAGAAAAUCCAUGUACCAAAAAGGAGUUAAUAUUACAAGUGUAUAUUUAAAUUCUAUUAUAAUUAACAGAACAAUUUAAUUUACCCCCUUCAUCACUGGAAAGCCUUUGUAUUGCUAUAAAAUAGGUAAGCACGUUUUGUUCUGUUGGGUUGAUUUUUUUUUUGAUGUUUCAAAGAAUUUCUUUUGAAUAUUAGUUUCUUUCCAGCAACGGCGUCAUUGCUUCUAGGCACAGGAGUUCCCAGAGAGCCAAUACCAAAACCAGCAGUUGUCAGUUUAUCUUCCAUCUUCAUUAUAAAUAGGACAGUAGAUUUGAUAUCCAUUCUAGGCAUGUAUUCUGGAUCAAAAAUAAACUUCACAUUCUGUUAUAAUAAUGUCACAGGUAAUACAGGGAAAUUAAUUAGUGCUGAUUUCAUAACUUGAAACUAGCUUUAUCUGUCUUGAAAUACCAUUUCAUGAUUCAGUUUUUGUGUUUGCGACGUUCUUCUGGAAUAGUACACUACUGCUAAUGUGGCUUUGAAUAUAUUAAUAAUUUAAUUUGCCUGCCUUCUGUAAGUUACUUUUUUAUUUCUUUUUUUUUUUUUUUUUGCAAUUUUUUCAUGUUUUUUUCACCACGCCAGUUCAGCUGUUACUCUUAGCAAACAAGCCUUUUUAAUAAGAUAUGUACAAGAGAAAUAUAUAGUGUAGCGUAUUCUUCUCUGUGUUUUUUGGUUUUUUUCCUUUUCAGCCUCUUGAAUUGCUCAAGUUAAUUCAUAACUUCUUGCUUUCAGUAAUUCACCUGCUUCCCACUUUUCUGAAAAGCAGGAUGCCUUCAGCUCUGUUGUAACCCAAGUUAUUUCCUAAAAUUUCCACUUGGUCUUUCCUCUGAAGAACUUUUGCUGGCUACGUGGCUUUCUAAUUUCAAGAACACGAUUUAGUUAGCUUCACUUGUCCUUUUAUGCAAUCAGACUUCAACUAUCUCAACUCUGAAGCUUCUUCAAGGAAAAUGGUACUCCUUCAGAUCCCUCAUAACUAUUGAUACAAUGGUUCCUGUUGUAUUUUUGUGUCUUUUUGUGUUCUGUACAGCAACCAUACGUCAGUUGUGCUUUUGUUUAUGAGUAUCUCCACAAUGGUAGAUAACAGUUUCUCCAGACUUGGGAAUUCUGGCAUAGGUGAACUGCUUGAAUUUGCCCCGUGCACAGGUACUUCAGUUAAGUCAGGGUGUUCAAGUUCUCACAAUCUCACUUGCAGCAACACUGAAGAAACAAAACAUCAGCCUUCUGUGAAUGGUAAAAACUUAACAGCAGCCCUAAAAUCACCCGCAUUGCAGUUGCUUUCAGCAGUUAAAUCUUUGCAUUCAAUUGUUGGUUUUUCUACAAGUUAGAAGCAUUUUCUUGAUAACUCCUCGGUGUUCUCCAGUAGAACAAAUUUUAUUACUUAGGUCAAGCUUUCUAUGGUCAUACAAAACAACAAACAAACAAACAAUAAGGUAUUGAAUCUUAAGUAAAAAAUGUUAUCCAUGUACAUCAUUCCAAAAGUAAUGCCUCCUUUAUUUCCUUGGAAACCACAAUUGCUACAAAGAGCACAAUAGUGCUAGUUGGUAGAGCAAAUUCUCAGCUAUAAAACUAUUUUUCAGCAUAAUCACCACCACUGGCUAUGUGCAUUUUCAUCAGCAAUGAACAAGAGCCUGCAUGCUGCGCUUUUAAAAAUCUCCACCAGUGAAGAUGACUUGCUAUUGCCACCACUAGAAAGCACCACACAAUGUCUCACUGUGCUUGCAUCCACUGUUUGGGGCUCCAGAAUCAUUCACAAGUAUCAAUGAAUGUCAAUCUGUACCAUUUUUUCCGCAGGGAGAAAUUCGGUGUCACACCUUACGUCAUACACACUUCCAUGUCAGAAGCCAUUUUGUCAGACUGUCUCUCUGCUGCCAUCUGUUGCAUGACAACAAAGUGUGACAAAAUAUUAGUUGGAAGCUUCAUCCUCUGGUGCCGCACCGCUAACAUUCAUCUCUGACAUAGUGGGCCAACAGAAUAAAAUAGGACGCAUUACUUUCAGAGCAGCCCUUCUGUAUGAUUUCAGAAUAUCUGCCAGUAAUUUGGAAAGUUCAAUUCCUCGAUUAUCAUCAAUAUUUACCAUUUUUUUAAAGCUGUCCUGAUUUCAGUUCUUUCAUAUUUUGCAAGCAUAUUCCUCCAAUUGAAUUUGAAUAUUAUCUCCUACCACAGAAAUGUUGAUUUUAUCUAAAUGCAUAUUAACCAAACCUAGCUUUCAGGUAAGGUUUUGUGUGCUGUUUUAAGUGAAAGAGAGAAUAAUAUUUGCUGUUAUUUUUCAUGGUCAUAAAAUGACAAAUGCUUAUGCUCCACUAUCCUGGAUUUUCAGAAGGACAGAAUUAAAUUUGCCAGUAAAUUUCAUAUGUUUCAAGGUUCUGAAAGCUUCAGUUCUCAUGUAAAAUAUCAGCAUAACAAAAACAUGACAGUGGUGUAUAACCUUGUUUUUUCUGGUA